AUGACACGAGUGUCAUUCGGGGCCAGGUCCAGUCCUUUUCUUCUCGCCGCCACUAUCCGACAUCGCCUACGGAAGUGUGAACAGGACUACCUCCAGACUGCGACACUGCUGCCUAGUAGCUUCUACGUCGAUGAUCUGGUUGUCAGGGUAGAAACAUCGGGCGCCGCCGCAACUCUGUAUAGAGAAACACUGGGCAUAUUCGACUCUGCAGGUAUGAAAGUCAAUAAGUGUGUAACAAAGGAGGAGACCCUGUUAGUGAACAUGUUGAACGGCAAUUCAACCACAGAGACGGUGCAAAAUCAAACAAAUAAUCUGCUGGGACUUGUGUGGGAUCUACUACGCUGCUGUCUCGCCUCUGUAAUCCGUUUUGUGGGCAAGGCGACGAUUAUGAAGACAAGCAUCCUGCAAUCAGUGUCCAGAGUCUGUGACCCAUUAGAUAUGCUUGGGCCGUUCACCAUUACAGGGAAACUCCUGUUGCAACAGAUUUGGCAAGCAGAAGUGGACUGGGAUGAUCCUCUGCCAACGGAGAUCGAAGCGGUAUGGAACGAGUUGUGCGCUGGACGAGCGCACUUACAAGGUAUAUUCCUUCCUCUGCAUCUAGGGAAUUCAGACACUGGCGUACGGAGUGAGAUUCACAUAUUUCCAGAUGCCAGUCCAAGUGUUCGCGGUGCGGUAGCCUACGCUGAAUUGACGUGCGAAGGAUCGCCUCGUAUAGAGUUUCUUGUCAGCAAGAGCAGAGUUGCUACGAUCAAGCAUCAGACCUUAGCUAGGCUUUAA